UAUAUCUUGGUUUAGUUUAACAAAUCUUUGACUGAACCGAAUCCGUUUGUCUCCACUCGAUAUACGUCAUCAAUUUUGGCACCAGGCGUGUCCGUCCGUAGCCUCUCACUUUCCAUCUCCACAUUGUCUUUACGAUAUGGCGACUCUGUGUGUUGACGGCUGCCCGUCGCUCCGAAAAACAGUUUUUUUAUUGUUCAAAACGAGCAUGUUUUUUGUGUUUCUAUUUAAUCCGUCUCUAACCACUCGGCUGUAUUCUGAGGAGGACCCCGUGGUUAUACUGACAAGCGCGACUGUCAAGCAGACUUUGGUCAACUCUUCCACAGCUUGGCUGGUCCAGUUCUACUCAUCAUGGUGUGGUCACUGCAUCCAGUACUCUCCUACCUGGAAGGCACUAGCUGGCGAUGUAAAAGAUUGGGAGCAUGCCAUACGGAUUGGAGUCCUGGACUGUGCUCAAGAGAAUAACUUUGACAUCUGCAAGGAGUUUGGCAUUCACUUCUACCCCACCUUCAGAUACUUUAAAGCACGUGGCCCCACAUUUGAUGUUGGAAAAACAUACAGAGGUGCAGAUAGGGAGCUACAGACAGUGCGACAGCUGAUGGUCAACUUCCUCCAGAACCACACAAGACAGGACUGGCCUGUCAGCUGCCCUCCACUUGAGCCUUACAGCUCUGCAGAUAUAUUGCCUUUGAUUGGUCAGAAAUCCAACCAAUACACAGCUGUCAUUGUUGAGAACGAGGACUCCUAUGUUGGCAGAGAGGUUAUCUUGGACCUGAUGAUGUAUCGGGGGCUAACAGUGAAGAGGGCAUUGAGUUCAGAAAGGAGCCUCACAGAGAAGCUUGGCAUCAACUCUUUCCCCUCAGCAUACCUUCUCCACCCUAAUGGAACACAUGCCAUUCUGCAUGUGCAGAAAAGACUGCGCUUCUUCUUCUCCUCGUUCCUCAAGCUUCUCCUAGGGGUCCACAGAAAGCUAAGCACCUCUGGAGCACCCCAGGAGACCCUACUGGAGGGGCCACGAGGUCCCGGGACGGCUGAGGCCUUGAAGGACUUUGAGAAGUCCAAGGUGUACAUGGCAGACCUUGAGUCAGGGUUGCACUACCUGCUGAGAGUAGAGCUGGCUUCCCACCAAACCCUGGAGGGAGAAGAGCUCAAGACCUUCAAAGACUUUGUGACAGUGGUUGCAAAGCUCUUCCCGGGUCGCCAGUCUGUGGUAAAACUCUUAGAGACUCUUCUGGAAUGGCUGGUCAGUCUUCCCCUGGAGAAAAUCCCCUUUGAUGCCAUCCUCGACUUGGUCAACAACAAGAUGCGGAUUUCAGGGAUGUUCCUGAGUGACCAGCUGCAAUGGGUAGGUUGCCAGGGAAGCAGAGUCGGACUGAGGGGCUACCCCUGUUCACUGUGGACCCUGUUCCAUGUGCUGACUGUCCAGGCAGCCAGCCGGCCUGACGCAUUGGCCAACACCGGCCUGGAGGAGAAUCCCAAGGCAGUGCUGCAGACAAUGCGCAAGUACAUUGUGAACUUCUUCGGCUGCCAGGAGUGUGGGAAGCACUUUGAGGAGAUGGCCGUGGCGUCUCUGCCCCAGGUGAAGUCUGUGGACCAGGCGGUACUGUGGCUCUGGAGGAAACACAACCAGGUCAAUGGACGCCUCGCAGGAACAAUGAGUGAAGACCCUCACUUCCCCAAGACCCAGUGGCCCAGCCCGGACCUCUGCCCCAUCUGCCACGAGGAGCAGGAUGGCAUCCAUGUGUGGAACGAAGACAAGGUGCUCAUGUUCCUCAAGCAGCACUACGGGGCCGCCAACAUCUCCCCCAAACACAUGUACAGCAGUCGGCAUGAGCCAAACCAGGAGGCCGUCGGAUCUCCUGACAGCAUGCCCAUUAAAGCCACACAGGUAAAGACAGUGGCCCCUGAGAGCUCCCUAGUCCAUGCCAAGCAGAGUGACGUGGAGGGAGCAGGGCAGGCGGGCACAGGGGCCCACAGGGAGACCAGGCCGGGGGUGAGCUUCCUGGGUCUGGGCUUCUCCAGUGUGGACAUGAGUCUGUGCGUUGUGCUCUACGCUUUCUCCUGUGUCUUUCUCAUGGUCAUGUUCUUCUUUUUCCGAGUCCGCUCCAAAAGGUGGAAGAUCCGCUACAAUCGUCCAUAUGUAUAGCAGUCUACUGGUCCAGGUCUGCACAUUUGACUAAGCAAAUAGUUUUUUUGGGGAAUUGAGUUUUCUUUUUUAAGUUAGAUUAGAAGGUCACAUUUUUUAUUUAUUUGUUUAUGUUCUGUAUAAUAUUUGCUGUGAAGCAAUAGUCUUCAGAUGAAGUAUUUUACAAUAGCGACUGGUUAAAACCGUUUUAGUCCCAUAACAGAACCCCAUAACAUUGUCUUGGGGGAAGGAUUUGACUGUACACAAUUCAUUCCCAAUACAAUGUCUCUUAGCUAUGAUGGUAAGGAAUUGUUUUUAGUAUAAAACCAUGGCAGAGUCCAAUUAAUCAAGUGUUUUUUAUAUCUUUCUAUCUAAUUCAACGGUAUUGGUCAUGUUUUAAUGGACUAAGGAUAACCUCUGGAAUAUUUGUAUUGACUACUACUAAAAUCUUACUGUGUGAAUUUAUGAUUUCAACCUCAAUGUAUUAUUUUCCAGACGUAACAAGGUGAUCACUUAUUACAACCUAUUAAUGUCGGUCCAUAACCAUGAGAAAGAGAGGAGCAAGGUACAGCCUUAUUUUACCCAAGUGCUUGUUGUCUAAAUACUUGGUGUGCAUUUGAAGUCCUCUGUAUUCUCCCAGACCCUAGGUGGCCUUAACGUGAUUUCAUCAUUUAUUCUAGUCCAGAUAGUAUGUGGUAUAAUACACUAUACACUACUGUUAAAAUGUUUGGGGUCACUUAGAAAUGUCCUUGUUUUUGAAAGAAAAUAUAUUUUUUGUCCAUUUAAAAUAACAUCAAAUUGAUCGUAAAUACAGUUUCGACAUUGUUAAUAUUGUAAAUGACUAAUUGCAGCUGGAAAAGGAUGUUUUUUAUUAUGGAAUAUCUACAUAGGUGUACAGAAGCCCGUUAUCAGCAACCAUCACUCCUGUGUUCCAAAUUCAUGUUGUAUUAGCUAAUCCAAGUUUAUCAUUUUAAAGGGCUAAUUGAUCAUUAGAAAACCCUUUUGUAAUUAUGUUAGCACAGCUGAAAACUGUUGUGCUGAUUUAAAGAAGCAAUAAAACUGGACUUUAGACUAGUUGAGUAUCUGAAGCAUCAGCAUUUGUGGGUUCAAUUACAGGCUCAAAAUGGCCAGAAACAAAAAACUUCUGAAACUCGUCAGUCUACUCUUGUUCUGAGAAAUGAAGGCUAUUCCAUGCGAGAAAUUGCCAAGAAACUGAAAAUCUCGUACAACGCUGUGUACUACUCCCUUCACAGAACAGUGCAAACUGUCUCUAACUAGAAUAGAAAGAAGAGUGGGAGGCCACGGUACACAACUGAGCAAGAGGACAAGUACGUUAGUGUCUAGUUUGAGAAACAGACGCCUCACAAGCCCUCAACUGGCAGCUUCAUUAAAUAGUACCCGCAAAACACCAGUCUCAACGUCAACAGUGAAGAGGCGACUCCAAGAUGCUGACCUUCUAGGCAGCUGUUUCCAGCUACAAUUCUCAUUUACAAUAUUUCGGAUCAAUUUUAUGUUAUUUUAAUGGACAACAUUUUUAGCAGUAGUGUAUAUACAAAAGUAUGUGGACAUCCCUUAAAAUGUGUGGAUUCGGCUAUUUCAUCCACACUUGUUUCUGACAGGUGUAUAAAAUCGAGCACACAGCCAUGUAAUCUCCAUAGACAAACAUUGGCAGUGGAAUGGCCUUACUGAAGAGCUCAGUGACUUUCAAUGUUGCACCAUCAUAGGAUGCCACCUUUCCAACAAGUCAGUUCAUCAAAUGUCUGCCCUGCUGGAGCUGCCCCGGUCAACUGUAAGUGCUGUUAUUCUGAGGUGGAAAUGUCUAAGAGGAACAACGGCUCAGCCGCAAAGUGGUAGGCUACACAAGCACACAGAACUGGACCGCCGAGUGAUGUAGGUUUGUAAAAAUCUUAUGUCCUCAGUUGCAACACUCACUACCGAGUUCAAAACUGCCUCUGUAAGCAACGUCAGCACAAGAACUGUUCGUCGGAUGCUUCAUGAAAUGGGUUUCCAUGGCCAAGCAGCCGCACACAAGCCUAAGAUCACCAUGCGCAAAGCCAAGCAUCGGCUGGAGUGGUGUAAAGCUCGCCUCCAUUGGACUCUGGUGCAGUGGAAACGCGUUCUCUGGAGUGAUGGAUCACGCUUCACCGGCUGUCAAUCCGACGGAUGAAUCUGGGUUUGGCGGUUGCCAGGAGAAUGCUACCUCCCCCAAUGCAUAGUGCCAAUUGUAAAGUUUGGUGGGGGAGGAAUAAUGGCUUGGGGCUGUUCUUCAUGGUUUGGGCUAGGCCCCUUAGUUCCAAUGAAGGGAAAUCUUCAUGAUACAGUGUUCAAUGACAUUCUAGAUGAUUCUGUGCUUCCAACUUUGUGGCAACAAAGUGGAAAGCCUUCCCAGAAGAGUGGAGGCUGUUAUAGCAGCAAAGGAGGGACCGACUCCAUAUUAAUGCCCAUGAUUUUAGAAUGAGAUGUUCGACGAGCAUACUUUUGGUCUUGUAAUGUACUACAAAUAGGGCUGUAGCCAGUUAUCUUCAGAAUGUAUAGGUCAUAGUACAUUACACGAACAAAACUGACACCCAAUAUUACUCAAAUACCCUUGUCUUAAUAAAAGGUGAUCUGAUGGUUCAUCUGCCCGUACAUUGUUGUUCAUUGUCUUUGAAAAGCUUAUUUCUCUACUUAAAAUGGAUUUAUUUGAUGCAUAAAAUGACAGAAACAUUGGAUAGAAACUUGUCCGAUGGUGACAUGAUUGAGUAAAUAGGAUUGAGUCACAAUAUUGCUAAUCUGCAUUCUGGUUUUAUGAAAUGUUGUGUGUUUCUAUAUCUGAAAUUGGGCACGUUCUUCAGCUAACUGCAAUGUUCCUCUAAUUUGAGACUUAAUGCAAUGCAUGUGAUAUGCAGGUAGGAAUGGAACCACUUACUGUAGCUCUGAACCAAGUUAGACUUAGUGCUUCUCAAAAUAGAAUGCUCUACAAUAUUGUAAAUAGAACAUAUAUGUUUUGUUUCAGGUGCUGGUCCUUGAUAAUGUUUUUUGUUUGUUAGUUUUUUUGCCAAAAGUAACUGUAUUGGAACUUUGAAUUCACAAUAGAUUGGUGGUAUACUUGAACAUUUUAAGUGUAAAUUGACUUCCCUGAUCAAUUCUGUGAAAUAAAUAAUAUUAUGCCACAUAAACAUAGACAAAGCUUACUUGAAGACUUGCAACUCAAUUAAUUGUACAAUUUGCUACACAAUGUAGCUCAGUCAGAUUGUCGCCAGGAUCUGAUCGAACUGGAAAAUAAAACCAAAUUAUGUAAAUAGGUGUUUGUUACUUCUAGUGUGUGUUCUCGUUUAUGUGGAGAAAAUGCAUUUAGAUGCGUCAAGACUUGUCACUGCUACUUCAUGUUGAAAAAGUGAUGGACAAGUUGCACAAACCGUUUUGGCACAUACUACUUUUGAGCUGCUGGAAAUCAUUGAUUUUAAUUUUAAUUUUUACUCUACUGCAUUUAAUUUAUAUUUCUUACUAUUUCAUGUAUUUUUGGUCUCCGUGCAUUUAUUUUUUCAUUUAUUUUCAAGGGUUGAUAAUAGGUCAUUUGAAAUUGUACUUUGUUUGAAUAAUAAAAACUCUGGCAUUAUAAUAA